GGCCGCCCCGAGUCCACUCCAGAUCCGGGCCGGGUUUCCUCCACGUCGCUGGGGUCUCCGCCCCUCGGAGCCGCCGCCCGGCCCGGCGGAGCGUCGCCGCGGGAGGUGCCCGUAGCGCCCGAACCCCGAAUGUCCCCGCUCGCGCCCGCGUGCCGAACUGAGCCGCAGCGCAGACCCUACAUUCUCACUCCGAGUUGGGACUGCUCCGGUCCCCGCGCGUCACCCGAGCUCGACCCUCGGGGCUCCGAAGAGACCCCUCUACCGGCACCGUUCGCUGUCCGCGUGGCCGGCCCCGCUCCGUGUCUGGGCUUCCCCGCCCCGGUUCCGGCUCCGGCGAGGGUGAUGAAACAAUCCAGUUGUGAUUCAGCCAGCUCAGAGCUCCCUAAGCCUGAAAAAGAGGCCCAGCCAGAUGUCGAGCCACACUCAAACACCCCACUACAGGAGGCGGAGGCCAAGUUCAGAUCCGGAUGGGGGCUUGAGGCUGAGACUGAGCCCCUGGGGGCUGAAUCAGGGCCUGAGGCCAAGGCCAAGUCCUUGGGGGCCAACCCCAGGUCUGGAUCGGGGCCUGAGGCCACGGCCCAGCCAUUGGACUUCGUGGUGGCAACAGAACAGGACGGCACCGUGUGCUGGCCAAGCGAAACAGGAGUGAGGAGAGCCGGGGCCCAGGUGAAAAGGGGGAGCACAAAAAGAAGAGAGCAGGACCAGCCCCUAGACGGGGUCCGGGGCGGAGCUAAGAAGAAGCAGGGCGUGGCAAGGCCCGGGGCGGGAGGGCAUAGCCAGCUCCUGGGGUGGAUCCAAGGGAAGGGGGCGUGGCCAGUGCUCAGGCACGGGGUGCACGCGGAGCUGGAGCAUCUCGAGAGGUGGACGAGAGCCCGGCGCAUGAGCUCCCUCUCUGCCGGCUCUGGAAUUCGAGACCCAAGUGCUGAGGAGAUCUGGGGCAGGCCCGGGCCUGGCCUGGCGCCCGGGGUGGUGACGACGGAGUGCUCAGCUUGUGGGAAGAGGCGAGCCCUGCGAGCCGAGAGUCCCGGCAGGGGCGGAGGGCCCCCUAACGGCCUGGGUCCGCCGAUCGCGCUGGAGUCGGCGCACGUGAUCGACUCCGGGGAGACAGCGCUGGUGGACGGGCUGUGCGUGGCUCCCCGGGAGCGCGGCAAGGGCGUGGCCGGGCUGCUGCGGCGCUUCUGCCCGCAGCUGGUCAAGACACAGAACCCGGGGGUCAAGGUGGCACGGCUCACCCGGGACGACCAAGUGGGCCCCCGGGAGCUCAAGAAACACGGCCUAAUCACCAAGCAGGUGAGAAGGACAAGGGAGCUCGGCAUCCUUUGGGUCUGAGUCAAUGCCUCCGUGCUACUGGCGCGGCUGGGCGUGCAGCUGACGGCGCUGCGGGCCUCCGUCACCUCGCCGCUGCCCACCGAGACCGUGUCGGAGACUGGCGGCAACGUGGCCCGCCUCCUACUGUUGCCUUCCGUGCAGCGCGACGUCACCCAGGACUGGCAGCCCUACCGGCCACGUGAGAGCAACCUGCGCCUGCUGGUGGCCAAGGGCCUGGAGUGGCACGUAGACAGCUCCGCGCGCCCGCGUUUACCCACGCUGUGCACGCUCCCCUUCCCCAUCCUGCACGGCGGUGACGGCACGUGGCGCUACCUCAACGUCGACGCCGUGCGCAGCGCUGGUGCGCAGGCGCAGAGCCGGCUUCUGCGGCACCUCUAGGGCCAGGCCCCGCGCCUCGCCGGUCUCAACGCCAUGCGCCAGCUUUUCCUGGCGUCCCAGUUAUGGUCGCAGCUGGCUGACCUCUGCCAGGCCGGCUUGGGGCUCGAGCUGGUCAAGGGUUACACAGAACAGUACCCGCUGGAGGCCGACAUCUAGGGCCUCUCCUCUCGGAGGCGAGAGGAGCAUUUAGAUCCGUCCAUUUUCGCUGCUCUCCAGAAAGCCCCGCCCCCCAGUGUUUGCAAGCUCCGCCCCCUCCCCCUACUCUCCGUGGUCUGCUGGGAAGCCUGCUUACCCUUACCGGAGCCCCCCCCCCCCCCCUUUUAGCCUUGCCUCUCUGCCAUCUCGCCUCUAGCGCGCCCACUCUAUGGCCCACAACUGGAUCCGAUCGCCGGGUUUGGGGGAGGCCCUUGCUCUGCUAUGGUCCGCCCGUUCCCCUCACGGGCCAAAGAAUGGGUUCCUUCACAGGCUUCAGAGCCUUUUCUUGUCCGUCGCCCUGGGCUGGCGGGGAACUCCGUCCUUCCUGGCUUCUCCCUUCUGCCUCCUCGUGGGCGGAAGCGGGUAGAGGGAUGUGCAAGGUCCAGCUGCCCAACACGUCUUACUUUUCUUCCUCCCGCCCUUUCUCAAGCUCUCAGAGCUUGCCCCGCGCUCCCCUCCUGCCGCCCUCUCAGUCUCUUGCACCUCUACAUCAGUGUCCCCUCUCUCCUUCUCUCUGAGCUCCCCUCCUCCUAUUCCCCGGACCCCCCCCCCCCCAGACACUUAGCUCCUCAUUGCCCAUUUGUCUGCUCCUCCCUUCCUCUUCCCCAUGAACUCUUCAUCACCCGCCCUGUGUGCAAUACGGAGAGAGAGCCUGUAAGUGAAACAAUCAUAAUGCCCUGUUGACCCUCUGGUGACACAUCUUUACAAGCCUGCCCCCAUGAUGGGGUUCGUCCAACUUUGCACGAUGUUGCUAUUUCCCGGGCCCCCUUCCUAUAUCCCCAACCAGUGCCUGAAGCAGGACAUGAAACAGGGGGCUUGAGCUGGGAAGGGCAGUUUCCUCAGCCCAGUAUGGGGCUGUCUUCUGGCUCUAACCAGGCUUCCUUCUAGUGCAACUGGAACCCCUGCCUCCAGAUAUUUCUGGACAUCCCUCCCUUCCUCUGGUUCCUUUAUGGGUUUUUUUUUUUUUUUUUUUUUUUUGGACUUUAGCAGUUUUCUAUUUCAAUGCAAGUAGUAACAGCUGCAAUUGCACAGCGCUGUCUUCUACACUGGAUCCUCACAUCUACCACCGAGGGAGGAAACAGGCUCAGAAAGAUCAAAGUGACUUCCAAGUCAUUCAGAGCAGCUGGGAGCCUGGCAGGGACUGGAGUUCAGGUCUGUCCCAAGCCAGAGCAUGCCUCAGAACCUCACUCGUUGUGGCGGUGACUGUUUGAACUUCUUGUUGGACGAUGGACAGUUGCUAGGGAUUUGUUGACAGUAAGCACAGGGGUCGCUGGGGAUGGAAUCAGAGACGUGGGCAGAGGAGGGCGCCAGGAGGUGGAAGAAGGUGGGCGCAGAGGACAGCCGCUGCUCCAUCACUUCCCCCAGUUCCGGUUUUGCUGUUGUGCUUGUCUGCCUUCAGCGCCUGGCCAUGCUGCCACCCUCCCUGUCACUUCAGCCGUGGCUGUAUUACAAUAAAAAGGACCCUUAGCCCA